UGCUCGUUCGCGGAGCUCAGUCAGCGUUUGACUCCGUAGUGGCAGCAGGGGAGCGAGGAUUUCCACUUGUCAGUUAUUCCCCGAUACCGAAAUCAAGUGCAUCCCCAACGGCUAAAAUGUCAAAGUUGGAUCAGAUCCUUGUCCUCGACCCUCCCUGCGACCUCAAAUUCAAAGGUCCUUUCACAGAUGUCGUCACCACCAACCUCAAACUGAGGAACCCGUCUGACAGAAAAGUGUGUUUCAAAGUGAAGACGACUGCGCCGCGCAGAUACUGUGUACGGCCAAACAGCGGCGUCAUCGAUCCCGGAGCAACUGUCGUUAUCUCUGUCAUGCUGCAGCCCUUUGAUUACGACCCGAAUGAGAAAAGUAAACACAAAUUCAUGGUGCAGACCAUUUUUGCCCCGUCAACUGUUUCUGACAUGGAUAUUUUGUGGAAAGAGGCCAAACCCGAUGAUCUCAUGGAUUCCAAGCUGAGAUGUGUCUUUGAGCUCCCUUCAGAAAACGAUAAAGUGAAUGACGUCGAGGCGACCAAAGCGGCCCCCGUGAUGAACUCUGCGAAGGCCGACUCCUCAGCAGCCACGGUGCCGGCAUCUGCCUCGGCGGACGACGCCGAGAUGAAGAAAGUGCAGGAGAAGUGCAAGAGGAUGCAAUCUGAGAUGAGCAAGCUGGUUGAUGAGAACCGGCAAUUAAAGGAUGAUGGCAUUAGGAUGAGAAAGAUACCUCGCUCAGACCACAUGACCUCAAACUCAACUAGCCUCCUCGGCCGAGAAGCCAGCACUGCCUCCCUGCCCUCCCUCCUCGUCAUCAUAGCGGCCAUCUUCAUCGGAUUCUUCCUAGGGAAGUUCAUCUUGUAGGCUGGGAGAUGCAUGCCAGCCGCAUCCCCCCCGGCUCCGGAUUAAAACAGGCCUGGAAAAAAACAAGAAGUCUUUGUGUUGACUUUGCCAUAUCAUUGGUCGUGUGGCCUACAGUGAACACAUCUGUACAGCAUCAUUCAAAGGCGUCGCCUUUUUACAAUCUCACGCGGUUACACACACAGUUGAGAAAAGAAAGGCGAUGAAAAAAGUGAAUGUUCCCUUUUUUUUGUGUUCUGUUUUUUGAUGGCUGGAUUAUAUACAGGUAAUGUGGUGGGACAGUGAAGAUGCACCGAGAGUGACCCAUGGGCAGCAGGCAGUCAUAAGAUCCUUUUUUUCUUUCUCUCUUUCUCUGUUUUUAAUAGGAAUUGAUUGGAAUGUUAGGUGUCUUGUAAAUGUUUUAAAUCCUUUUAAACCAAAAAAAGGAAAGAACUUCCAUAAAAUGACCUUGCUACCUGUUGCUGGAUUGCCUCUGAAGUAAAUCUGUUCAGUUUGUAAUUUCUACUUCUCGUCUUGGAAUGUCCAGGUCCAGCUGGGGAUGAUAUCGGUGCCUCCUUCUUGUAUGUUUCUUUCCUUUUCCUCACAACACCAAUGCAGACUUUAUAAUUAUUUUAUUAUUAUUACACAAAUCGUAUAUAUUCCCUCUGAGGCAAAUAUUGACUGAAAUACGGUCUCCAUUCUUAAAAUUCUGUCCCAUGGUAUUAAGCAUUGAAGAAAUAAAAAUGAAACUUAU